AUGCAUUUUUUAGCUGAGCCUAAAUUUCCACGCAUUUGCAAAUACAGUUCUUAUUUUGUAUUGUUAUUUGGAGCCUCCUACCUAUUAGCCAACCUAGCUGCUUUCUCUUGUAAAAAAUAUGUUUCUUCCAGGUCAUUCUUCUGUCCAAGUGGAUACCAAGAUAAAAACAAUAUUUAA